AUGUUUCGGAGUCCGCAUCUCUGUGCUGACUAUGGUCCUUUCGACUUUCGAGAUGCGUGCGUUCGACGUUACUGGAGCUCCCUCGUCCCUGUAGCACUCGUUUUAUUAUUUUGUGUGUUGUCACUACCAUCUCCCGCAUGGACGCAAGGCUUCUUCAAGGUCGCGAAGAUCCCAAGAAGGCGAUUCAUCACAAUCGACGAAGCGGAAGCCUUAGAACUGGAUGGAAGUUCUGUUACAAACCGGUUACCAGGAAGAGUAGAUGAUUUUGGAGAGGGGAGUAUCCGGGGAAGAACCUACUUUUCAAGGCGGAGAAAUUUAUAUCUAUCCUGGAUUGCCUUGUUGGAAACCUUUGCAUGGUCUGCAGUCGGUAUCAUGCCUUUUAGUUUGCGCAGAGCAGAAUCCACAUCACCGCCGGUAUUAAUUGCAAUCACAUGGUUCUAUGCUUCCCUCCGUCCCAUCAUCUGGCCGAGCAUCACACCUCCUUUCGAUCUGUUCUCUCUUUACAUCACGCAUCUUAUGUCCGGUAUCCUCCUUCUGGGAGGUGUUCUUUAUGAAGCAUAUGUCUGGGAUAUUGCGCUUCCUUCGGGUUAUGUUAUUGCUUCGAUGGUGGCCAAUAUCGUCACCGUUGCUAUUGCAUUGGUUAUUGUUCUUGGUAUGCCUUUGGCUAUACCAAGCACGAGGAUUAGGAAGGAGGAUAUUGGCAAAUCCAUUUCUCCAGAAGAUUAUACAUCGCUAUGGGGUUGGAUCACAUUCUGCUGGGUAUACCCAUUGAUUAAGAGAGGAACACACGCCACAUUGAACGAGCCAGAUGUAUGGAAUGUCAGUAUCACGAUGCAAUCGCGCCCCACUUUUGUUCGGUUUAUGUCCUUCAGGGAUUCCUCACUUCUUCGUCGCAUUUGGGUGGCAAACGCACACGAUCUCAUUUAUGCCGGACCGUUCUUCCUAAAACGCAUCCUGGAUUCUAUCGACGAUUCCACACCCAAUAAGGAAAAUCGAGCUCGCGCUUAUAUUUACGCUUUUAUAGCUUUCGCUUGUACUGUCGUCAAAUCACAGUGCGAAAUGCAUCACCUAUGGUUUGGUCUACGCGCUGCCACGCGAAUGCGUUCAGAGCUCAUGGCUGCAAUAUAUGACAAGGCAUUGAAACGUAAAGACUUUUCAGGUAUCACGAACGAAGGGGCUGCCGAAGAUGAGAAAAUGAAGGAUGAAGACGGUGCCGCAGAGGAAGAAGUUCGCAAAAAGACUGGAGCCGAUAUCGGAAAGAUAGUCAAUCUAAUGGCUGGCGAUGUUAACACAAUUUCGCAAACUGCUCAAGGAGUAUACUUAAUCUACGGAGCUCCUUUCGAGCUCAUUAUCUGCUUGCUCUUCUUGUACCAGUUGCUUGGCCUAUCUGCCUUUGCUGGGGUUUUUGUCGUGCUCGCUGGUUUGCCUAUCAACAGCUGGGUCGCUAAGCGAAGUGUUUUUAUCCAGAAGAACCUGUUAGCUGCCAGAGACAAGCGUAUGAGCAUCGUCAAUGAAGUGAUCACAGCUCUGAAAUUUAUAAAAUUCUUCGCCUGGGAGGACCGUUGGAUCAACCGUACUUUUGAUGCACGCAAAUUAGAAUUAUCUUGGAUGAUUAAAUCACGACUUAAUUAUAUGAUCUUUGUAUUACUCUGGCAGUCAGCACCAUUGGUUAUUUCCGUCAUCGCGUUUUCAACGCAUGUUUUCCUAGGAAAUCAAUUGACAAUUGGGACUGCUUUUACUGCUAUAACAUUAUUUAAUAUGCUCGCACUGCCCCUGAAUCUAAUACCGCUGUGGACGGUACGAAUUUUACAGGCAAACGUAGCUCUUGGGCGUAUUGCAACAUUUUUGGACGAAGACGAAGUGGAUGGAAACGUUUCUUCCUUAAAGAGAUCUUCAGCACGCAUGGCAGAAGAAACCGAAGGAUUUGGCAUUGACCGCGGAUCCUUUAUAUGGAACAGAGUUGACGAUGGUAAUGCGCCUUUGGAGAACAUCUUUGGCGAGGCCCCAUCUGCAGAAACCGCAAUUCUUCUCGAGUCACUCUCUUGUACCAAGACGCUUGGUUAUCAAUUCAAACUAAAAGAUAUCUCUGUCAUGUUCCCCGAUGGUAAAUUGACGGUGGUGACAGGUCCAACUGCAAGUGGGAAAACCGCUCUACUGAUGGCCCUGCUUGGCGAGAUGACUGCACUGCCUGGUAGUCGGCUAAUAAUGUCAAAGAAUCCUUCACAAGUAGACGAGAAUGGACUCAUGCAUGCUAUAUCGUAUAGUGCGCAGGCUCCGUGGCUCAGACAUCAGUCUAUCAAAGACAACAUUUUGUUCGACUACCCAUAUGACGAAGAGAGAUAUCAAGCGGUCAUUGAGUACUGCGCACUAAAGCCUGACCUUGCCAUGCUAGAGGACGGCGAUGCGACUGAGAUAGGGGCGAGGGGCGUCAGUCUUUCAGGCGGGCAGAAAGCUAGAGUUGCGCUAGCCCGUGCUGUAUACGCUCGUACCAAAUAUGUGCUACUAGAUGAUCCUCUCAGCGCUGUUGAUAGUCAUACGGCCCGUUUCUUAUUCCAUCAUUUACUUUGUGGUCCCCUGCUGAAAGGUCGCACAGUGGUCCUCGUUACCCAUCAUACUGAGCUUGUGCUUCCUGGAGCGCACUACCUUGUACGAAUGUCGGACGGCCACGUGGAUUUACAAGGAGUUGUGAAGGACCUUCGUGCACUGGGUAUCCUUGAUGUGACAAAAUCGGACUCCACGGUUCAGGCCCAGGAACCUCUUCUAUCCAAACCUGUUAGAGAAGAAAAAGUGAAGGAUACAACUGAAGGAAUUGAAGAUACUGUGCUGGUUACAAAGAAAUCAACAAAACUCAUCCAGGAGGAACAUCGGGAGACUGGUUCCGUGAAGUGGUCUAUAUAUAAGACUUACCUACAUGCUUCCUCUUACUGGACUUGGUUUGUCCUUUGGUUCUUGAUUAUUGUAAAGGAAAGCUUGGGCGUAGCACAGAAGCUAUGGAUCAGAGCCUGGGGAGAGGCGUAUGACUCCCCGUUGUUAGAGUUGUUCGAGCCAUUCGCGAAUGAGACGGUACCAUGGAACUCCCAGCAUUACCCAGGGACGCAACCACUGAUUCAGCGUUCAGUGUCUUCAUUCGGCGCUUUACCAGAUGCUGGAGAGCAUCCCCUGUUCUUUGUUGGAAUAUACGGCGCAAUUGGCUGUGGUGUGACUGUCAUCGUACUUUUGUGUACUGCGGCCCAGUACAUCGGAGGCAUCAGGGCUUCUCGCCGAUUGUUCUCGCGGAUGUUUGUUGGUGUAGUGAGGGCUACUAUGCGUUGGCAUGACACAACCCCUCAAGGUCGAAUGCUAAAUCGCUUCGGAAAAGACAUGGAAACGAUAGAUAGUACACUAUCCGACUAUCUAGCAGCUGUGAACACGACCUUGGCUAGCUUCGCGGCAGCCAUAGUUACUGUUGCCGUGUUCUUCCCGUCGUUCCUCAUACCCGCCUUCUUCAUAUCGUUGGUGUACAGACAGCUUGCCAUCGGUUACCUUAACACUGGUCGUGAUCUUCGUCGUAUGGAGUCGAACUCACGUUCACCUAUAUUUUCCGGAUUUAGCGAGCUGUUAGAAGGAAUCGUAACAGUCAGAGCAUUCUCAGCGGAGAAGCGCUUCCUAGAUGACUUGCACGUCAAAAUCGAUAAAACUACUAUGAUGUGGUACAACUUCUGGAUGACCAAUCGAUGGCUGUUGCUUAACUUCGACAUCCUUGGUGGUAUUUCCAUUUUGGUUACGACCUUAAUAGCCUUGUACGGCCUUGCCGGCUCAGGUCUCGCCGGUAUCUGCAUAACGAGUGCUAUGUCAUUCACAUUUAAUGUGUAUUGGGCGUGUCAGUUCUGGACUGGUUUGGAACUUGAUCUCAACUCCGUUGAACGAGUUGUCGAGUAUCUGGAUCUUCCGCAAGAGCCACCAGCUGUAAUAGAAUCUAACAGACCCCCGGCAUACUGGCCAUCUGACUCUGCGGAGUCACUGAUUUCUGUCCAAGAUCUUGUUAUCAAAUAUGCGCCAGACUUGCCUCCUGUGUUAAAUGGCCUCUCAUUCACCCUCAAGGCUAAAGAACGAGUGGGUAUUCUAGGACGCACUGGGAGCGGAAAGUCUACUCUUGCUAUGAGCAUUUUACGCUUUGUCGACCCUUCUAGUGGAAGAAUUGUUAUUGAUGGAAUUGACACCUCAACUAUCGGCCUUCAUGAUCUACGUUCACGCUUGACAUUCAUUCCUCAGGACGCAACACUCUUCUCUGGUACCCUUCGCGAUAAUCUUGACCCUUUCGGCGAACACGGUGAUAGUGAAUGUCUUGAUGCAUUGUAUCGUGUUCAAAUGAUAAGUGAAAAAGAUACUUUUGAGAAUUCAAUCUCAUCGGCUUCCCGUACUGCGGUGGAUACGGAUUUCCGCACAGUUAUAACCUUGGACAUGCAAGUGUCUGCUGGAGGCGCAAACUUCUCCCAAGGGCAGAGGCAGUUAAUCGCAUUAGCCCGUGCUCUUUUGCGCAGAAGCUCUAUCGUUAUUCUUGAUGAAGCAACGAGCAGCAUCGAUUUUGCCACAGAUGCAAAGAUCCAGAUGACGAUUCGGGAGGAGUUUAAUGGUUCGCUAUUGCUAACAGUCGCUCACCGCCUACAAACUGUUAUCGACUAUGAUCGACUUCUCGUAUUAGACAAGGGCAAGGUUGCAGAGUUCGACACACCUCUGAAUCUGCUGAACAAAGAGGAUGGUAUUUUUAGGGAUAUGUGUCUCAACAGUGGGAUGUUCGAUUCACUGAAGAACGCGGCAAAAGCCAAAGCUAGCCGUGAUGCACAUUAA